AUGAAACGACUUCGGAACCCACACAUAGUCAAAUUGUAUCAGGUGAUGGAGAGUACACAUACAUUAUACCUAGUGACAGAAUAUGCUCCGAACGGAGAGAUAUUUGAUCACCUAGUGUCGCGAGGCCGUAUGCCCGAGUCGGAAGCGGCGCGGGCCUUCGCUCAAAUGGUGGCGGCGGUCGGCUAUUGCCACGCGAACGGGGUGGUCCACCGCGACUUAAAGGCGGAGAAUUUACUGCUGGAUAAGGAUAUGAAUAUUAAGUUAGCAGACUUUGGGUUCAGUAACGAGUACACAUCGGGUUCCCCAUUGUCGACGUGGUGUGGGAGCCCCCCGUACGCAGCGCCCGAGUUGUUUGAAGGCCGGCAGUACGACGGACCGAAAGCUGAUAUUUGGUCACUGGGUGUGGUACUAUACGUAUUAGUUUGUGGUGCUCUGCCGUUCGACGGUGGUACGCUGAGUGAAUUACGAAGCGUAGUCGUCAGCGGGAAGUUUAGGAUUCCUUAUUUUAUGUCACAAGAUUGCGAACACCUUAUCCGUCACAUGCUAGUGGUCGAGCCAGACAGGCGGCUGACGCUUCGAUCGGUGGGCAGGCACAGAUGGCUUCGGACACAUUGUAACACGUUAACCGCACAAACAUACGAGUUAUCAGAUGGCCAUUGCGCAUGUCACGUCGGAGUAAACGACACGUCGAGCGGGGCGAGUAGUGCGCUUGCGCAGAUGCUGACCUUACCGGGGCUGACACACGAGAUUAUACAACAGUCAGUCGAAGAAGAGAGAUUCGAUCAUAUCUCGGCCAUUUACCACCUUCUUGUGGACAAACAUACUCAAAAAGACGAGAUCGCACAAAUUGAUUCACUGGAAUCAAACCUAGGACUGCCCUUGGAUCUCACCAGUUGUAAGAAUGAGGGUGAAGGUGAAGAGAGUAUGGAAGCAGAAGAAACCUUGGCCUAUCUCACGGGAGAUGGAAACGAGGAUAUACUCGAGAGGUUCGGCGAAGUGUCGAUCCCGAAAGAAGAGCCCCGUCAGCGAGUGACGGACUGUCACGCCACGAGACGCCACACCGUGGGGCCGGGCGAUUGCCGACACGCGCAGCACGCGCAGGUCGGCGAACAGUCGUCGUUCGGAGCCGCCUCGGCCGAUCUCAGACCGGCACCACUUUGCGCAUCGACACAUUUACAUCGCCAGGCGGCGGCCCGCGUGUCCCUCCUGCCCCACACGGACUUGGCGGGCAAAUUGCCAGCCGUGCAGCACAGGCCUCCGCACCACUUCAGCGUCAAAGACCACCAGCUGCUGAAGCCGCCGCAGGCUAUGCUCCAGCACGCCUCAUCGUUCGGGCGACGCGCGUCGGACGGAGGGGCGCACGUCGGACGCGCACACUCGCACACUGCGCCGCAUCACGUCUCCGACAGCGGAACGACAAAUCGCUUAGAGGAGGGUGACCGGACGGACGAGCAGACGUCGGAUUCGCAAUACAAUACCAAUCUGUGCAGGUACAUGUUGAACCGCGGGAGUAACAAGCGGCACACGAUGGCCACGCCGGAAGACGCCGCCACCGUCUGCGCAUCCAGCAACAUGCAGGCGAGUUCUUCUCCGUCGUCGUCGGCCAAUAUACGUGUCAGAAGAACCGGUCUACUGACGGUCACCGAGAGACCCCCCGUUAUAAGUCCGGAAUUAGUUAUGGAGGUCGAAGCGAGGAUGAAAAGGAACUACUUACCGCCGUCGAUUCAAGGACAAUAUAACCAGGGGUACUCCAGUCCCCCGCGCGCCACCCAGAGCCCGCCGAGUCAGGGGUCCAUUACCGCCGGAACCCCUAAUUAUAAAUACAUGCCACCCAUACCGGGACAGUACCAUCAAGGCUACUCUAGUCCCCCGCAUGCGAGCCAGAGUCCCCCAAAUCAGGGGUCAAUAACGGCCGGCACCCCCAGCUUCGGCAAAUCUAUGAAACCGGUUCUAGAAACGAUUCCACAGGGGAGCAUUAUGGGGUCGAUCAAAUCCGGUACACCCUCGCAAGCCGCGUCUCCGUUCACCCCGAGCGUGGGUCCAUUUUCACCCAAUCAGGGUGCCGUCGUGGCCCCCGUCCAAAACCAAGGCUCCAUAAUCUCCGGAACGCCGAUGAGCGUCGAAUAUUCUAUUACUAAUUUCAACUUUUCUGCCAACAUUGGAUCUAUUACCAGCGGAACACCGAACUUCAACGCGGCCCUCACGCACAACUUAAAUAAUAAUAUGGAUAGUGAAUGUUACCCUGCAGAGAAGCAAAAUUACAUCGCUUCGAUGAAUACUGGCCCACCUCUGAACAACACGGGGUCCAUAACGAGUGGAACUCCUAAUCCUAACACAUGUAAUUAUUCAAAUGCGAACCCAAACGUGGCUUCGAUAACUAGCGGAACGGCCAAGUUUUCCAAUAUCGGCUCGGUUUCGAGCGGAGGCAACGGUUUCCCCGACGUGGGCUCCGUCGGCACUCCGAUGGGAUCCAUCACGAGUGGAACGCCGGUCAAUAACAUUUUGUCGAGUGGCAACACGAUUCCGAGCGGUUCCAUAACGGCCGGCACCGCGUACAACAGGCAACGAAAGUAUUCGGGACCUCAACGCGGUAAACUUCAAAUGUUGCCGACCGUACAGGAAAUGGCUCGCGAGCACUCGGAACGAUAUUCGCCAGUCAGGAGAGCGGAGUGCUCGCCCCCGAGACAGACUCAUGACAUAGCUUCAGCGAGAUUGGAAUAUCAGCAGCUGCAGCGAGGAUUAGAGCGCCGUUCGGGACAGAGUGGAACUUCGCCGUCUGAACCGCGGCUUUAUCCGGUCUCCCUGCCCGGAUCGCCGAUACACGCGGGCGCGUCACCUCCUCUCGACUUGUCCGGCGAUUAUCCGAGAGAUAGGGAUCUGGCGUUAAAGCUCGGGCUGAACCUGAACUCCCUCUACUCGCCUCACGUGUCUCAAGACGUCUUAAAGUCUAUCCAUUCGUUUACCAAUUUCGGACGAGUUUCGAGUCCCGGGUCUCCCUUACACCAAAUAACCGAAGGUCUGAGCUAUCUCCACACCGGGUCCAUCACCAGGGGCACUCCUCAAAGCCAAUCUCCCUUAGACCUCCGUAGUAAUGUGGAAAUGGAAACCAACUUCCCGCAGUUAUUAAUUCAUCCACAGAUCCAUAUGGUCGCCCAUAGAUCUUUGAACAACUCCCCGAUAUCGAAUCCUGGAUCCCCGCUCGACAUGAUCCGAGAAGAAAUCGGCAACGGAAACCACGUCGGCGACCACAUCCAGCGAUAUUCAACGUAUCCGUCGACCCAUCCGCAGAUCAGUUUGACAGAUUGUCUCGGCUCCGAAAUUACCCUUGUAGCUUCGAGUUCCGAAGACAGCGUCGACAGUUUGGAGAAUUCUAAAUACCCGCUACCGCAAUUCGUCAUCUCGGAACCGUCAGAUUUGGAUGACAGACCGUCGAUAACCAAGGGCAUCGGCAGAAAAGUCAGCCAAGAAACGGAAACGGUAGACAAAGACUCGGAAAUGUCGUCUCCUAAAGAAGAUGACAAAUUUCUGGAAAGGCCGAGACGCGGCAGCGAUAAGUCGCUCGGCUUCAGCGACGAUUCUCUCAGCAACGAUUCGGCCAACGCUUCCCCGAAUUGUGAGCAAAACGUUCAAUCUAUCUACUCGAAUAUAGUCUCCAUCAGCUCCGGAUUUAGCGAAAAUCGAGGGAGUUUUUCCGAACACCGGGAAUCGUUUUCGUUCUCCGACCGCGGUAGUUUUUCUGAACGAGGUGAUUUAGGCAGAUCCUCUUUUUCGGAAAAGUCGGAUUUUGGUCGCGGUAGUUUUUCAGAAAAGGGUGAAACGCCUCGCACGUCGUUCUCCGCUCAAGGCGUUUUAGGAGAGGUCAAGGAGUAUUACGACGAUGGGUGUCUGCCAAGAGAACAUUUAGAUAAGAUACAACGGUCCACUAUGGAUUUGAGGUUGACGGAGAUAUGUCGACCGGAAGAAAGAAUCCCGAUUUUGCUGAGCCCGCAACAGGUUUCGUGCGUUCAGGAGUACUACGAAGUCGCGCUUUCCACGGUCUGCUCCCAACUCGACUCGCACAGGAUAGUGGAAUUACUCAAAGAGGCCAUAAAUAAGACCGUCCCGCCCCAGAACAUCGUCGAAACCGGUAACACCGACGAGCUGACCGGUUUUUUGAAUUUGGAGUAUUCCGGAGGUAUUCAGAUCGAGUUGGUCGUGUGCGAGAAUAAAGCGAAAGAGAUGAAGGGCUUGAAAAUGAGAAGAAUUUCCGGAGACCAGAGAGAGUAUGGGAAACUAUGUCAACAAUUGAUCACCAGCUUGACCGUUUGA